CUCAACUCUCGCGUCCGACAAACCGUCCGACACGACGAGCCUAAAAAGAAUCUCUGCCGCUGGAUGUACAGACAUCACCCCUCCUCGCUAUGGACCCCCAAAGCCCUGACGAGUACGACGCAUACAAUCUAUCCGAGUUCACCGCCGACGAGCUCGCCUCCAUCGACGACCGCGCACCCACGACGCCCCUCCACCACGUCCCCCUCUCAGCGCGCUCCCGCCGUGCGUCCAGCCCCGAUUCGUACGAUGCAUACGCCCUCGUGGAACUCACCGCCGCCGACCUCGCCGCCCUCGACGCCUCCACGCCCCAGCAAACAGCCACACUGGCUCUCGCACUUGCCUGCCUGGGUCGCGGCGAUGGUGCAUCUGGUGGACCCCGCAUCGCUGUAGAGCUCGAGGACGAUGCUGACUUUGCCUCUGACUCUCCCCUCAAGGGUGGUUAUGCAUCGGGGCGCCGCGACGGCGGCAAGGCGCGGGGACCGCAGGUCGAGUGGUCUCAACGGAGCCCAUUCGACCGCCAUCGUCGCUGGAAGGGCAUCUUCAGCGUGUCGGACCUAGUGGCACCCGUCUGGUGUGAGGUGCAGUACGAUUACGGCCUGAGGCAGUCCCGAGCACGCGAUUUGGAUCGCCGACCGUCGACCGUCGUCACGCGCGAAGGAAAGACGAUCGUCGUCGCAAAGGAAGUUGCUGCUUCCAACGACAAGAUCACACAGCGCGGAAGAAAAAUCCACAAGAAUCUCGAAAAGAUGGUCAAGCCGGUCGAAGUCGAGAUCAAGGCGUCCACCAACACGGAGCGCUGGGCAUUGCGACUAGUCAAUAUGCUCGCGAGUCUGGACAGCAUCUUGGAGUUUGGUUAUACCCGCGAAAUUCCGGUCUUUGGGAUAACACACAACGAGCUUGUCGUCGGGAUCGUCGACGAAAUUCGAUGGAAGCCUAUUUCCGAGGCCGACUCAAAAAGCAGCCCUUCGCGUAAACGACCUCCUUCACCGACUCAAAACACGUCAAGGGACCGAAAAAAAUCAUGGUCGCCACCACUUUUCCCACCUCAACCUCCCGCCGUAUCAGAUGACGCUCACGCUCCAUUGACAUCUCACUCUUCACCUUCGCCCCAUCGCACCCACCGCUUCCACCUCCUUGACACCAAGACGCGGCGUACGAGAAACCUCCCAUCAGAUGAUGAUUCACUCUCCUCCCGCCUCCAGCUGAUGCUCUACCAUCGCCUCCUCACGAACCUCCUCUCGCCCGACUUCCCAUUCGCUGCAUUUUGGCAGCGUUGUCCCGACGUCUCGCCGACGGUUCAGCUGUCCGACACGUUCCUAGCACAAGCCGGGCUCGUCGCCACGCCGAUGCGCUGUCUCGAUGACCUUGCCCGGUCCUGGCAAGCGAGCGUGAGCGCCAUGAACGUCGAUGGGGUCUCGCCGCGGCUCGAGAUCGUGUACCUUGCUCAGCAGAACCGUAAAGUAUCGCCGGAAAAGCCGCCGAAUGGGAAGAGCGAGAGCAAGAACGGCGAGGAUAUUUCCGAGCAAGAGGCGCUCGAUCUCGAACGGGCCAUCUUGGAGAGCCUGAAACAGGAGUACAUGGAUCACACAGAUGUGCUCGUGGCGGACUUUCCAGUCGUGGAAACGGGGCAGGAGCAGCUGACGGAUGUCGCAGCUUUAGAGACAGGAGUGGAAAGUGCUGAUCGCCUCGAGAACGUGGUGGAAGCCGCUCUAGAUCUCCAAGAGAAUGGAGAUGUUGUCGCAGGCGAUAUACAGAAGUCAUGCUAUGCUGAGGCGGCGGAGCCAAGCAUGGUGGUUGUGAGCGGCGACGUUCCGUGCGAAGGUACGAUGUGUACGGUAGGAGACGUAGAAUCCACAGUCCCGACCCCUACCGUGACGCCUCCGAAUGAGGCAGGCGGAUCCUCGUCGCAGGAGAGGGGGCCUAGAUUCAUCGGAGAGAAGAUUUUCAAUAUGGACGACCAGCUCCUCGACGCUCAUCUGACGAGCAUCCUGAAGUUUUGGCAUGGCACACGCGCGCCGAAGGGUGUAGAGAUCAAGCAGACGUCCCGCUGCUACACGUGCGAGUACAUGGAUGGCUGUGAGUGGAGAGAGAGGAAGGCUUUCGAUGCGGAUACAGCUCAAAAGGGAAAAAAGAAGCAGAAGCUCUAGAAAUCAACAUACAUCGUGGUGGUAUUGUUGUUUCGGUUGCUUUGUAUUCACUUGGACAUUGCGGCCUCCUUGUCUGCUGUACUCACCACAUAUUUAUCUGCAUCCCUCAGUGUAUUCUUGAUUACUUGUACUCAUAAUAUGCCUCGGAUUUUUUGGG